AGGAGGAGGAGGAGAAGGGGCGACUUUUCCGGCCUAUGGACGACGGUGGUGGUGGUCCCCUCUCUCCCAGGGCGAAUGCGUUCAGUAUUGCCUCUCUGAUUUUCGCCGCAGAGCAAGCGGGGAACGCGGCGUCGGACAAGCCGAGGGUUGCUUUGCGCAAGGCGGACGCGGAGGAGCGCAGCGGCGCCGACAUGCACUACAGCACCGUGACGCGCGAAAUGGAAGCCAUUUCCAGUCCGUGGCUGACGCAGCUGUCCCAUUUUUGCGACGUUGCCGCCUUCACCAGCAGCAGCCUGAGCAGCCUGAACACUCCGGCGGGCUACCACCUGUCCCCGUCCCCCGGGGAUCCUUACACCCAGCAUGAGGCGCACUUCGAGCCCUGCCCGGCCGCGCAGCCCGGCUACAGCUACCCGCACCCGCAGCCGCAGCAGCCGCCGCUGGCUCCGAGCGACCCGGCCGGGACUCCGUGCUCCUCCUCGUCCUCGUCCAGCUCCACGCCCACGGGCAAGAACUUGGUGAAGAAGAACCCCAAAGUGGCCAACAUUAACGUCCAGCUGGAGAUGAAGGCUCUGUGGGACGAAUUUAACCAGCUGGGCACGGAGAUGAUCGUCACCAAGGCGGGAAGGAGAAUGUUUCCAACUUUCCAAGUGAAAAUAUUUGGGAUGGAUCCCAUGGCGGACUACAUGCUGCUCAUGGACUUCUUGCCGGUGGACGACAAACGUUACAGGUAUGCAUUCCACAGUUCUUCCUGGCUGGUGGCGGGUAAGGCUGACCCGGCCACGCCGGGGAGGGUGCACUACCACCCGGACUCCCCGGCCAAGGGCGCCCAGUGGAUGAAGCAAAUUGUUUCUUUUGAUAAACUCAAACUCACCAACAACCUCCUGGACGACAACGGACAUAUCAUUCUGAACUCCAUGCACCGCUACCAGCCCAGGUUCCACGUGGUGUACGUGGACCCACGCAAGGACAGCGAGAAAUACGCGGAAGAAAAUUACAAGACUUUUGUUUUUGAGGAAACUCGCUUCACUGCGGUGACCGCUUACCAGAACCACAGGACACAGCCUGUUGUGUUGUGA